AUGGUGACCAUGGAAACCCCCGAGGCUCCUAUACCUCUGACAGUGCUGUCACGCUGGUACCUUUACGCCAUCCAUGGCUACUUCUGCGAGGUCAUGUUCACGGCCGCCUGGGAGUUCGUGGUCAACUGCAACUGGAAGUUCCCCGGCGUGACCAGCGUGUGGGCGCUCUUCAUCUACGGCACCUGCAUCCUCAUCGUGGAGCAGAUGUACCUGAAGCUGCGCGGCCGCUGCCCUGUGCUGCUGCGUUGCAUCAUCUACACUUUGUGGACGUACCUGUGGGAGUUCGGCACGGGGCUGCUGCUGCGCCAGUUCAACGCCUGCCCCUGGGACUACUCCGAGUUCCGCUACAACUUCAAGGGACUGAUCACGGCCGAGUACGCCGUGCCCUGGUUCUGCGCCUCCUUCAUCGUGGAGCGCUUUGUCAUCCGCAAAACGCUGCGGCUUCGGUUCCACGGGGGGCCCGAGGACGGUUGGUCAGGAACCUUGGGAGGAGGGAGGACGAGAGAGGGGAGCCGGGGGAUGGGAAAUGAUGCUAACGGCUUCUUUAAAGGAGAAUGA